AUGGUCUUCAUCACCAUCUCCGACGACAGCAAAAUUAUAACCAGUCUCGAUGUUCACGAAGACACGGAAAUUUUCACCAUCAUCAACAUUAUCGAAAAUGAUUUCGCGCUAAAUAUGAACGAAAAUGAAUUGACAUACAACGGGGCCGCCGUUAACAAGUUCGACACGGUGAAGAAGCUGAAUAUAAGUGAAGGAGACCUGCUCUUUGUGAGGAAGAAAUUAAAUCUGGAUUUAAUCCCCCAAGGAAAUUCUAGCACUCAGGCAGGAAUGACAGCAGCGGCAGUAGGGGCAGCUUCCAGCUCCACAGGGGCUGGAAUUACUCCCACCGGUGCUAGCGGUAUAAACUCGAACAGCUUUAACAGUGCGGGAGGAGUAAACAAUGCAACGUUUAACGCACUGAUGGAUCAUUUUCGCACCUUCCAAGAGAACGAAUACAUAAAGAAAGAAGUGGAAAUUUUACUAAACCUAAAAAAUGACAGAAGCAGGAUGAGUGUCCUACAAUUACAAGACAAACAAUUGUAUGAUGCUAUAACUAGCCAAGAUGUUGAAGCAAUAAAAAAAAUUGUAAAAGAAAAAUUGGAAAAUGAAAAAAAAGAAAAAGAAAGAGAACAACGUAUGUACGAAAAUGCAUUGAAAGAUCCACUCUCAGAAGAUGCACAAAAAUAUAUUUUUGAAAAUAUUUACAAAAAUCAAAUAAACUCAAAUUUGGCAUUAGCCCAGGAACAUUUCCCUGAAGCAUUUGGAGUUGUUUACAUGUUAUACAUUCCUGUUGAAAUAAAUAAAAAUGUGGUGCAUGCUUUUGUCGAUUCGGGGGCGCAGUCUAGUAUCAUGUCCAAGCAAUGUGCAGAAAAAUGCAACAUUUUAAGAUUAAUGGAUACGAGAUUUACAGGAAUUGCCAAAGGAGUUGGUACCAGAUCCAUUUUAGGGAAAAUCCACAUGGUCGACAUUAAAAUUGGAAACUAUUUCUAUGCCGUUUCGUUAACCAUUAUUGAUGAAUAUGACAUUGACUUUAUAUUCGGCUUAGAUUUGUUGAGGAGACACCAGUGUCAAAUCGACUUGAAGAAAAAUGCCCUCGUCAUUGAGGAUAAUGAAAUUCCAUUCUUGCCGGAGAAGGAUAUCAUUGCUAAUUCAUCACACAGCAUUGACUUCGACGCCAUGAAAGAGUCUACGCGUGGGGUCUAA